GUUUUGAAAGUACUUCACAUUAUAAAUUUACUUGCCCUUGCCAAUCUUAGCAUUCAUCAAUGGAAGACGCAUUAAUGUUAUUGUCCUUUUCUCUCAUCCUCCUUCUCCCCCUUUCCCUCAUCUUCUUCCUAUCUCUAAUUGUUCGUCCCCACUCUUUGAAGGUCCCAAUCAAGGGUCGUCAUGUAUUCAUCACCGGAGGAUCUAGUGGCAUUGGCCUUGAGCUGGCCAAACGGGCUGCCAUAGAAGGGGCGCGAGUCUCCAUUCUUGCUCGCAACCAGAAAAAACUCGAAGACGCCAAGGAUUCAAUCCGUCUAGCCACUGGUAUCGACGUCUCCAUCUUCAGUGCCGACGUUCGCGAUUUGGAGGCUGUGAUGAAAGCCAUAGACGAGGCUGGACCUAUUGACGUGCUAGUUUGCAACCAAGGAUCUUUUGUGGCACGAGAACUGCUGAAUCAGGAUUUAGAAGAGGUUAAGUUCAUUAUCGAUGUUAAUCUAAUCGGUACGUUUCAUCUUAUCAAGACGGUUUUACCUGGAAUGAAAGCUCGAAAGGAUAAAAGACCAACCUCGAUUGCAAUUAUGUCAUCACAAGUUGGUCAGGUAGGCAUAUAUGGUUACAGUGCUUAUUCUGCAAGUAAAUUUGGUUUAAGAGGCAUGGCAGAAGCAUUGCAACAAGAACUUAUUGCUUAUAACAUUCAUAUAACGCUCAUAUAUCCUCCAGACACGGAUACACCUGGUUUAGUAGAAGAGAAUAAAACGAGGCCAGUUCUGACUAGUAUGAUUGCGGCUUCCUCGAGUGCAAUGGAAUCCGUUGAAGUUGCCAAGAUUUCGUUGGAUGGUAUAAAAUCUGCAAAAUUCAACGUUUUUUGUAACUUCGAGGGAUGGAUGUUGGGUGUAGGUUGUGUUGGAUGGUCUCCUCAAAGAUCCUCUAUAAUGGCAUUUGUAGAGGUUGUAUUUGCAAGCAUACUGCGUUUGGUUGGACUCUGCUAUCAGUGGAGCUGGUACCAAACAAUAUUAAAGUGGCAUGCCCAAAACAUUAAUAAUUAGUGAACAAAAUUUAAUAAGUAAUAAGUUAUAAUAUGAUAGUGAAGACACACAUCUUCUCAACUACAAUAAAGGCUAGCUUUUUUUAUGAAUGGGUACAUGUAACUGAUUUUAUUCAAAAUUAUUUCUUAAAGUGUUGUAAUAUCAUUUCCUAAUGAUGUUUUAAUAAAUAGGUA